UUUUGUAGUUGGAGAAGACGGGAGUCUUACCAUCUCUGUCUGACCUAUUCAAGAUGACUCACGCCACAUCCGACGGAGUUUUUGUGGAUCCUGCAUCAGAGAAACUCGCUCAAGCAGUGGCUACUCGGAUUGAAGAACGGGAGACGCAACUAACUCAGGAGUCUCCCGAUGGAUUACCCGUCACAUUGUCCACCGAAGAAGCCGACCGAAUCUUCGAAGAGCUGGCUCCUAGAAAGAAGGGCCGAAUAGUCGGUAUAGGCUCCGUUAACCAAGUUGCAAGGGCAACUUCGUCAUACACUUCGAGACGGGAUGAAGAGACUUCUCAGAUGAAAGCUCGAAUGGAUAGCCAGCAGGUUCGUUUAGACUCUCUUGAGGAUUUCCUAGACGUGAUGGCCGUGGGAAACCCGGUUAUGCAGAGAAUGUUGAGUCAGAGACGAGCCGCUCUUGGGUUGCCAGUACGAGAUCCCCAAGAGUCCGAUCCAACCCGUCAACAGCCGAGCAACCCCACCGACUACUUCGAUGAUAUGUAGUUUUUUUAAUAUUUUCGGUUUGUAUUAUGAAUUUAAAUAUUAUGACUUUUAAAUGCUUUUUUAUAAAUGUUUUUUAUUUUCAUA